AUCUGGCAACCCAGGCAACAUUUGGCGCCAAAUUGAGCGGGCGAAAUUUUACCGAAUGAAUGUUUUUAUUAUAAAACCGUUCCCAUUUUUAAUUCUGUUGAAAAACGACGUUUGAUUGUGAUGGCUAAUAGCGACUACAAUUCCAGCUCGGCAAAAUCAAAUCGACCUACAUCGAAAAGAGAUGACUUCCUCAACUGGAACGAGUACUUCAUGGCGACAGCCUUCCUAGCGGCAAAACGCAGCAAAGAUCCAAACACCCAGGUAGGAGCCUGCAUCGUUAAUAAAGAGAAGAAAAUCGUCGGGGUGGGCUACAACGGAUUUCCGAUAGGAUGCAGCGACGAUGAGUUUCCAUGGAGCAAAACUUCUGAUGAUGCCUUGGAAAAUAAAUAUUUGUAUGUUUGCCAUGCAGAGGUGAAUGCCAUUUUAAACAAAAACAGUUCGGAUGUUAAAAAUUGCACAAUGUAUGUUGCUCUUUUUCCGUGUAACGAAUGCGCUAAAGUUAUAAUACAAUCACGCAUCCGAGAAAUCGUAUAUAUGUCAGACAAGCAUAACAAUAAAAAUACUACAAUUGCAUCUAAAAAGAUGCUUGAUGCCGCCGGCGUUAAAUAUUGGCGAUUUGUACCAAGAAACAACAUUUUAAUAAAUUUUUCAGAAAUAGACUGGGACAACUUAAAUCAGCUUCCUGCUACUCCAGUCAAAAAUAAGGACAUUCAAAGAUGUAUCAAUAACUCCAAGUAGAAUGUUUUAUAUCAUAAACAGUGAUAAUUUAUUGUUAUAUAUCUCUUCUAUAAAUAUGAUGGGUUUAUAUUUUUUUACAAACGGACAAAUAGUCGUCAAUAAAAUUUGCCAGGGACUGGUACAAAAAUAAA